AUGCUUGUUCUUAGCGAAGCGUGCCAGUACGCGAAUGAGAUUGUCACGCAGGGGGCAGGCACGAAGGAUAUCGUUUCCGGUUCAUGGCCGCCCGACCAGACGCAUCAUCUUUUCCAGACGAGGGAGGACUGGGUUCCGUACGUGAAGCAGCAUGCGACGACUUGCUAUCACGCCUCCGGUACAUGCGCAAUGGGCCCUGCCACCGACAGCAACGCCGUCCUCGACAACAAGCUCCGCGUCCGCGGCGUGAAGGAUCUCCGCGUCGCGGACUGCAGUGUCAUGCCCACGCUGCAUGGUGGACAUACGCAGAUGCCGGCGUAUGGGAUUGGAGAGCGGUGCGCGGAUUUUAUCAAGGAGACGUGGGUCCUGUGA